AUGGCAAACCCACAACCCGAUGACUUCGACUCCCUCUUCAACCUCGAAGAGGAAUACUACACUGAAGGCUAUAAUCUCGGCGUAGCAGACGGUUCUCGUGCCGGUCGCAUCGAAGGCCGCCUGUUCGGUCUCGAAAAAGGCUUCGAGAAGUUCGCAGCGAUGGGAUCGCUGGCUGGUAGAAACGCUGUCUGGGAAGCAAGAAUUUCUGAUCAAGAUUCUGCUACCACCGAACAAAGCGAGUUUAAAUUGCCCAAAUUGUCCGGAGGGGCCAGGUUACAGAAGCAUUUGCAGACUCUGUUUGCUUUGACAGAGGCCGAAAGUCUGUCUACCGAGAACAAUGAAGAUUCGGUUUCUGAUUUUGACGAUCGCCUCAAGCGUGCUGAGGGAAAGGUCAAGGUCAUCGAGAAAUUGGUUUCUGAAGGUCCUCUGACCCUCGAGGCUUCUCAGCCUGUUGCUUCAGGAAGUGGCGUUGCACAAGAACGACGUCAAAUCAAGAUCAAGAGAACAGAUGCUGGUGGUGAAAGCAGCAUGGAAGAUUUCAAUAUUCGCCAUGCUCGCUCCUAA